CACCUUAAAUUGAUAAAACCCAGCUCCAAUUCUCCCUACAAGAAAAACUCUCACCAAUUUCACCAAAGAAAAAUGUGUCCUUCAAAUGUGAAUUCCCGUCAAUCUGAGACAGUAUCUGAAUCUGAUUUCCGUCCGGCUUUUGAUGUACUAGAUACAGACAGAGAUGGAAAGAUCAGUGUAAAUGAUUUAAAAUCGUUCUACUCAGGUUUCCAACGAACCGCUAGCGAUGAAGAAAUUAGUUCCAUGAUAUCGAUUGCGGAUUCUAAUAAGAACGGGUUCGUAGAAAUCGACGAAUUCGAGAAAGUUGUUAUGGGUGGAAAUGGAAAGAACUCAAGAAACCCAUCGUCAUCAACAUCAUCGGCUUCGUUAAUGAAUGAUGUGUUCAAGAUUAUGGAUAAAGAUGGAGAUGGUAAAUUAGGGUUUGAGGAUUUGAAAGAUUACAUGAAAUGUGCAGGCCUUUUUACAAGUGAUGAUGAUAUUAGAGCUAUGAUUAAAUUGGGCGGUGGAGAUGAAAAUGAAGGUGUAUCUUUUGAAGGCCUUCUUGAUAUCUUAGCUGUUUAAUUCCUCUUUUUCUUCUUCUUUUAUGAGGUUUUUAAUUUAAUGUUGAGAUUAUAUUCAUAUUUUGUUGAGUUGAUAAACUUUUGACUCGUGGAAUAGACCACUAUACGAUCUGUGUUCUUUUCGGAGGUUCUCAUAUCAAUGAAGUUGCCGAAUAAGAACAAUUAUUUCUUUGUUUGAUGCUGUCAACAUUAUUAGACUAUACAUAAGAUUCCUUUUAUUUUGAA